AUGGCGUCGUUGGGUUGCAGCCCAGGGGACCUUGAGAGGGAGGCGCUGUGCAGGAACACCUUGGCGGCGACCCACCUGAAGCUGGUCUCCAUCGGCAUCAUCUUCGUGACGAGCGCCGCCGGCGUCUGCUUGCCGGUCGUCCUCGCCCUGCGCUUCCACGGGAAGUCCGCCAACGCGAGCGCCCUGCUUCUGAUCAAGUGUUUCGCGGCGGGGGUGAUCCUCUCCACCUCCCUCGUCCAUGUCCUCCCCGACGCCUUCGAAGCCCUCGCCGACUGCCAGGUCGCCUCACGGCACCCCUGGCGCGAUUUCCCCUUCUCCGGGUUCGUCUGCCUCGUGGGCGCGCUGCUCGCGUUGUUCGUGGACGUCGUAGCUACCUCCCAUGCAGCGACGGCGGGGGACGGCAACCCUUACGAGCCCAUCGGGGCGGGGGGGCAGGAGAGUGGGAAGCCCAGCGGGGCCCCGGCGGCGGUAGUGGUGGAGCUGGGAUGCCACGGGGGGCACCAGCACGGUGGCGGCUUCGGGGAAUCGGAGGCGGACCCGAUUGAGGGCGACGCGGAGGAGAGGAUGACGCGGCUGAAGCAGAGGAUGGUUUCCCAGGUUCUCGAGAUUGGAAUCAUCUUCCACUCGGUCAUCAUCGGCGUGACGAUGGGCAUGUCACAAAACCAGUGCACCAUCCGCCCCCUCGUGGCGGCGCUGGCCUUCCAUCAGAUCUUCGAGGGAAUGGGUCUCGGUGGCUGCAUCGCUCAGGUAAAAGAAACCACCCCUCCCCCAACAUCCCCGCACCACCACCAACACCACAAAAAAUCCCUCCUCUCUCUGCAACUUCCCCCCCACUCCGUCCUCCGCCGAAACCUUUGACCCCUUCUCCCGCUGGGGAAGAACCUCCCCUCCCAGUCCAACCUCCUUUCCAAGCUUUAAACAAUGGAAUCGGCCCCGCCAAGCAGAGCCCAUCUCGACGGCGCCGCCGCCAAUCAAGAACAUAGAACACGGACAAGAACCGUCAUCCCCAACCCAUCCGUCUCAGUGGGUCUCCCUCAUGCGGCGUCUUCCUCCACUAACGGUUGUGGUCGCUGACGAAGCUUGAACGCUACUUGCAGGCUGGAUUCGGCCUUGCGACGACGGGCUACAUGUGCCUGAUGUUCUCAGUGACGACCCCGGCGGGGAUAGUCCUGGGAAUGGUGAUCUUCCACCUGACGGGCUACGACGACAGCAGCCCCAACGCGCUCAUUCUGGAGGGCCUGCUCGGUUCCCUCUCCUCCGGCAUCCUGGUUUACAUGGCCCUGGUAGACCUCAUCGCCCUAGAUUUCUUCCACAACAAAUUAAUGGCGACGAACUCGUCGCUGCGCAAGGCGUCGUACGUCGUCCUAGUCCUCGGAUCGGCCUCCAUGUCCGUCCUCGCCUUGUGGGCCUGA